AUGUCACAAAAGUUAACAACAAAGCAAGAGGUAGAACAAUUCCUCAGCCAAUAUGAUACUUUUCUGUUUGACUGCGAUGGAGUUCUGUGGUUAGGCACUCACAUACUGCCAAAGGUGGUCGAGACUCUGACUCUGCUCAGAUCGCUAGGAAAGAAGCUUAUCUUUGUCACAAAUAACUCCACCAAGUCCAGACGCGAAUACACACAAAAGUUUGAGAAGUUCGGCUUGACCGUUACUGCCGAGGAGAUCUUUGGAUCUGCGUUUGCGUCCGCUGUAUACCUUAAGAACGUUGCCAAACUUCCAAAGGAGAAGAGCAAAGUGUGGGUUUUGGGCCAGUCAGGAAUCGAAGAAGAGUUGGCAGAAGUGGGCAUAGAAUCGCUGGGUGGCUCGAACCAGGCGCUGGAUGAAGAGUUCACCACCGAGUCUCCCUUCCUGAAGCUGGAUCCAGAGGUUGGCGCUGUGAUCGCGGGAUUGGACACCAAGGUAAACUAUCACAGACUGGCCAUCACUCUUCAAUAUUUGCUGCAGCCAGAUGUGAAGUUCAUUGCCACGAACAUCGAUUCCACCUAUCCCCAGAAAGGCAUGAUUCUCCCGGGGGCCGGGUCCAUCAUCGAGAGCGUUGCAUUCGCAAGUGGACGCACGCCUGUGGCAUGCGGUAAACCCAACCAGGCUAUGAUGGAGGCUAUCGUGGCUCAACACGGCUUCGACAAGAAGAGAGCAUGUAUGGUUGGAGACCGUUUGAACACAGACAUGAAGUUUGGUAGGGAUGGUGGUUUGGGAACGUUGCUGGUGCUCACUGGAAUCGAGACCGUCGACAAGAUUCACGCUCUCGAGGCUUCAGAACAGCCUCUUUAUUUCGCAGACAAAUUAGGUGACAUCUUCGAACUGUUGCAGUAA